CACGUAUAUCCACAAAAAUAGGCCAAACUGUUACAUUGGUGGCAGCGGUGUUGGGAUUGACUGUUUCUGAAGACUUGAACCAGAGGCACAUUAUAGCACUUUAAAGAUGGAUACAGAAGCUCCAAAGUCGAUAGAGAGUGGUGAUCUCUCGGAUACAAAUACAGACAAGUCUAAAGAUGUAGAGAAGACUGUCUUUGUAAAGUUAGCUACCGAUGGUGAGAUAGAUAAUCCCAUAGCCAAGGAUGACACUCUUCAAUAUACAGGAAGAAAGGCUAUGGAACACAUGGCUACAGAACUCCCAGCGAUGGAGAAAUGGAGGUUGCCAAGUGAGGCAGAUCCAGAUGAGAGACGUCGUACAGUUGGUGGUGCAGAAGCAAUCUACCCUAGUGAUAAGACUGGGAUAGAAACAGAGUUUAAGAAAGUCUGGGGUGGACAGACUACUGGCUAUUGGUCAGGCACAGUACAUGAUGGUGCUUAUAGUCCACAGAGUCAAGCAUGGGGAGCCAGACCCAAAGGAGAUAGAUAUAUGCCUCGCACCUCAACAAUGAUAACUACACCUGCAGAACUUAAACUGGGCACGCAGGAAAGACCAGUUGAUAGAGAAAUGAAAACGCAUAUACAUGUUAUGGAAGAUGCCAUUAACCAGAAUGUGACUACCAUAAACAUGAUGGAAGGACAGGUGUCUAACAUGGAGGGACACAUGUCUCAUAUAGAAGGACAGGUGGCUAAUAUGGAAGGACAUAUGUCUAACAUUGGUGGAGAAGUCACACAGAUCAAAGAUCAUAUUGGAACUUUGUCACAAACUUUGAAGGCGGAAUUUAAGGAAGAGAUGAAUAACUUAUGCCAGACCUUACAUAUGGCAUUACAAAGUUCAACUUCUCGUCCUGAACCAGUUUUACAG